GGGAGUGUUGCGCGCUGCCACUUUAUUAUGGUGGGGAAUGCGAGAAGCGUUUAACAGCCUCGACGAAUCUAUCUGGUUUACGUUUUGGCGGGACUUCAAACGGGCGGCGUCAAACACAAAGGCGGUGCUUUUUGUUUUCAGGGAAAACACCGCUCAGGUCUCCACGCCUGAAGUGUCUGUAGACUGGGACUUAUGGGGUCCACUUGUGUCCGUCCUCAGCUUCAGCAUUCUUUUGUCUAUGAGCGCAACCGGUACUCCCGGCGUCUUUUCAGUAGUUUUUUCUACCGUAGUCCUAGGGUCGAUCAUGCUAACUUUGAACGUCUUGCUUCUUGGAGGACGCGUCAUAUUUCUUCAGGCGCUUAGUUGGAUUGGCUACUGCAUGCUUCCCACAGUUGUCGCCGCAGGCGCAACUCUGGCCAGCACGAAUAAGGCUUACAGGUCUUGCCUGUUAUUUUCAUCUGUGGCGUGGUCGAGCUACGCGUCUGUUCAAUUUGUUUCAGCCUCCGUUUCAGGCAAAAGGAAGGAGCUGGCAACGUACCCAAUUAUUCUCUUGAAUGUGUCGGUCGCAGUUCUUUCACUCGUGAACAUAUAAUGUCAUGAUCUCCAUAACUAAAAGACACGAUCUGAAGAUUUGUUGUUCGUCUAUCAACUUGACACACAGUUGGAUCUCAGCAAGGUGCAGCAUGCAUUUGUUGCGAUCGAAGGGACCUUCUCACAAGCUUGUUUAACUCAUGUACUUUAAAAUCCCUGACAUGUAAAUACCCA